GGGACUGCAGCCUUCUGUUCGACAAGCACCCUCUUUUUCUUUCUGUUGGUGGCGGUAAUGCACCUAAAGCUGGCCUGCAACCGCGAAUGAACAGAAAAGAAGAAGAAAGCAGCGCCCUCACUCAGCCGUGAAUCUUUUGAGACCUGAUGGAGGAGAAAAAGGAAAGUGAAUAACACGAAACAUCAUCAUGUCAAAACUGGAGAAAUCUUUGAGAUGCUCCCUGAAAAGAAGAGCCAAAGAAUCGUUCACCUGCCCUCAGUGUGGAAAGAGUUUCCCAUCCAAAAAAAGUCUUCAACCUCACAUGAAAAUCCACACUGGAGAGAAACCGCACACAUGUGAUCAAUGCGGGAAGAGUUUUUCACGAGCAAACACUCUUAAAUUACAUCUGCGUUCUCAUUCUGGAGAAAAAACGUUUAACUCUGAUCAAUGUGGCAAAAAAAAUCUAAGGGCAGAAAACCUGAAGAGGUGCCUGAAAGUUCAUACAAAGAAGAAGCUUCACGUGUGUUCUCUGUGUGGAAAGAGUUUUACUCGGCUGGAUAAUUUAAAAUUACACUGGAAAAGACACAACGGUGUAAAGGAUCACAUUUGCAUUGAUUGUGGGAAGACCUUUACUAGAUCCGAUGCAUUGAAAGGGCACCAAAGAGUUCACACUGGAGAAAAACCUUACAAGUGUUCACACUGUAACAUGAGAUUCAGUCAGACUGGGACUCUGAAAAUACAUGUGAGGACCCACACUGGAGAGAAGCCUUACAAAUGUGAUCAAUGUGGUAAAUGUUUUACACAAAAAGGAAGCUUUAAUGACCACAUGAAAAUCCACACUGGAGAGAAGCCGCACACAUGUGAUCAGUGUGGGAAGAGUUUUGCACAAACAAAAACUCUUAAAUUACAUCUGCGUUCUCAUUCUGGAGAAAGACCAUUUAACUGUGAUCAGUGUGGCAAAAGAUUUCUUAGGGCACAAAACCUGAAGAGGCACCUGAACAUUCAUACAAAGCAGAAACCUUACAUUUGUUUCUGUGGAAAGAGCUUUUCACGAAUGGAUUAUUUAAAAUUACACCAGAGAAGUCACAGCGGUGCAAAGGAUCAUAUGUGUUUUGAUUGUGGAAAUACUUAUACGACUGCAGCUGUAUUGAAUCGCCACCAGAGAAUUCACACUGGAGAGAAACCUUACAAGUGUUUACACUGUGACAAGACAUUCAGUCAGUAUGGAAAUCUGAAGAAUCAUGAGAUGAUCCACACUGGAGAGAAGCCACACACAUGUGAUCAGUGUGGAAAGAGUUUCACACUAAAAGGAGCCCUUAAGUCUCACAUGAAAAUCCACACUGGAGAGAAGCCGUACACAUGCGAUCAGUGCGGGAAGUGUUUCACACAUGCAUACACUCUUAAAUUACAUCUGCGUUCUCACUCUGGAGAAAGACCAUAUAACUGUGAUCAAUGUGGUAAAAAAUUUCCUAGGGCAGAACACCUGAAGGUUCACCUGAAAGUCCAUACAAAGGAGAAGCCUUACAUGUGUUCUUCAUGUGGAAAGGGUUUUAGUCAGUUGGGUAAUUUAAAAGUUCACCAAAAAAUGCACAGUGGUGUGAAGGAUCACAUGUGCUUUCAGUGUGGGAAGACCUUUACUGCAGCUGUGACAUUGAAAAAGCACCAGAGAAUGCACACUGGAGAAAAUGAGAGGGUCCAAAUUGGAGAGAAGCCUUUUACAUGUGAUCAGUGUGGGAAGAGUUUCACUCAGUUAGGAUCGCUGCACCGUCAUACUAAAAACAGCUGUCUGAAAUUAAAGUAGUAAAAUUUCACAUGGACUUAAUAUCUCAAUUUACCUGCGUUCUCAUUCUUGUCUCUCUUCUGAUUUUUUUUGUUGCUUCUCCAAUCCAUUUAUUAAAUCAAUUUCUUAUUUUAUUAUCAACUUUUGAUUGUUUAUUUUUUAUUGCUAGCUGAUUCUACUUUGAUUGCAAAUUGUUUCGUAAUUUUUGUAAUAGCUGAAAGUUGUGAAGCACCAUGAUUGUUUUUUGGGCUUUCAACCCAGGGGUAUAUGCCCCAUAUAAAAUAAAAGCUCUCUAUCAUAUAAAUCUGUCCUUAGCAGCUGCAUAACAAAACAAAGUUGUCCCAAUGAACAAAGUUCAUCUUCAGGACCAACGGUUUCAAGUGAUUGAAAAAACUGAGAUGGGGUUCCUCUGAAAAGAACAAUGUCUAAGAAGUUAUAUUUUCAUAUAUCAUAUGAAAGUAUGCAUAGCUUAGUUAAAUCAUUAUGCUCAUUUACUGUCUUUUGUGAGGGAAAGAAUACAUUAUAACGAGGAAGUAAAGAGAUUUUAAACAGUAAAAUCUGCAAAUCUUCAAUUUCAGGAAACAGACUUUUGAUUGUAAGUACAACUUCAAUAAUAAGCAGCAGUGUGGUCUUGUUUUUACU